AUGGCCCUCACACAACACGUAUCUAGCUGGUCAAGCAGCAAUGAGGACAGCCGUCUCAAACUGAAAUGGAGUCGUCUCUCUACCCCCGCAACCAAUAAUCACCGUAGGGUCUCUUGCUCUGUGGCUGCAAAGGCCAACGGAGAGGAGAAAAAGAGUGGCUCAGAAAUCGAAUGCUUCCGACCGGCCUUGUGGAGCUGCUGCUUAGAUUAUCUUAGAAUAAGGGCUCUUAACUUACUGGUUGCAGCAGAAUCAUGGGACAUCAAAAGUGGGAAGUUGAUUGUAAGUUUUUAUUCCUCACUCACAUAUUGUCGAUUCAAUGCUCUUUUAAUCCAUGCAUGGAAAGUCUUUGUAUGCCAGAGGAAAGAGAUCGUUUUCACCCUGCCCGUGGGCAAUGCAUCAACACGCAUUCCCCUCUCGACCAAAGACAGAUUCAAAAUCUCUUAA